AUGACCACGGGUGAGAAGAAGGACAGACCCCCCCCUUCCCCUAGACUUGCUACCUCGCCUCCAGAUCCUCGUUCGCCAGCUAUCACGACUUUUCACGCUUCUGGCGUUCCCUCGUCACUGCCACCAAGCGAGUCCACCCUUCGCUCUACCUCACAGCUAUCAUUAGUAUCCACUGAUGUCACAUCCCCCCCUCCCGCUCAGUCAUCCACAAGCAUGGAACCGAAGAAGACUGGAAGUUACAAGUCCUGCAAAUCUAGUUACGUUGAACCACUGGUAAGUCUCGUUAACUUCUGACACGGAGUUAAAGGUUGCUAAGUACCUCCUUACCUCAUCAGAAAGUGAGCUCCAAGGGUUGGUUUUCGCGAACAGGUACCUGGUCUCGAUCCGGGGGAACAAAGUCCGCUGCCGUGACAAAGGUAGCUUCUGAAAACGUGUCGAGGGAGCCAAGUGUUUCUGGCGGAACGAGUGGACCUGUGCCCGAUGUUGGACCGCCUGAGUCUUUACCAUUUACAGCAGGACCAUCACCGGAACUCCCACGGGAAUCCUCCCCGCCGCCGCUAGAAGAGCCUUUGGCUCCUCCACCUGUUCCUACCAGUUCCAGUACCACUACUCUCCCAAUUACGGAGCCCGUUUCGACUCAGCCCGAAGCCCGGACGCCACCGUUUACAGGGCCCCCGAACGAUACGAGUGAUUCACAAGAGACCAAAGGCUCACUAGAUCGGGGGGCAAGGAAUGAGUCUUCUGAACAACCUGUUUCGUACUGGUUUGGUUGGUGGUAUGGCCGCCAGGCGAUAACUGAGCAGCCUGCGCCAGAGCCGGAAGCCAUAGACGAGGCGCCGGAAGAGCCCCCAGCAGUUGAGAUUGAGAAUCCAGCUAAAAUCGUCCCCCAGCCGCCGGAAACGCAAGCGCCACCCACUAUGCAGCCGGAAAUACCAGCCACGCCGGCAGCUCAGACUGUUGGGACCGCCGAACGACAUGAGCCUAUGGCUGAGGCUGCCCCUCCAGCAGAUCGUUCGGGUGAUGAUGUAGCCACACUCAGGCCUAAAUCUUGGUUUGGUUGGUGGGGCGGGCAAUAUCAAGAGCUUCCAGUAGAUCCACAAAGUGGGAACCGGUCGGAAAAUGGAGAUGCGUCAAAUAGUGAGUGUGUUGCAGAUCAAGCACCACCUCAACCUCGGGCAGACCCUGAUUCGGAAUCUUCUAUCGGUCUCGAGGUACCGCCAAGGCAUGCCGACAAUUCACAGACCAGUUCGAACUCUGUCACACCAUUAUCACGGACCCCAGAGGCCGCACAGACCAUCGUGAAGACUUCCACAUGGGCAUUCUGGUCCAGGGAACGUUCAAAACCGUCAGACAAUCCUUCGACUAGUAUCUCAACGACGACGGUGGGUGAGCUAGCUGUGGCUGACACGCCAUCCCAAUCCAGCCCACAAAAGGCAAAGGCCAGGGAAAUAUCUCCGAUAUCAAUACCUGACCCCAAGAUGGCCCGGGCCCUCAACAACUUGCGCGAGGAUUCCCGUCCGGGCACACCUAAAAAGGCGGAAGCGAACACUUCCCCCGCAGCUACGGUAUCGGUUACCCCCAAAUCAGCUCCGUUUCCUUCAUCAAGCAGUGCGGGUACCGCAAAACAAAAGCUGCAAAAGAUCUUGCCUACGAACCAUCUCCUCCCGAAUUUCGAUUCCUGCUACCGGCGUUUGAAUCGGCCUUCUAUUUUCUGUCAGAUCACCAAAGUCUUCAAGAGCCAGCCUCCUAUCAGCAAGAAGCACCUCUACCUGACGCCUACACCUCCUAGAAUUAAGAAGGCCGUUGCUAUUGGGGUGCAUGGUUUUUUCCCAAUGCGUCUAGUCCGUACGGUAUUGGGAGAACCGACAGGAACGUCGAUUCGUUUUGCCAACUCUGCGGCAGCCGCUAUAAAGAGGUGGGCUGAGAAGAACGGCGUCGAGGUUGAAAUCGAGAAGAUUGCACUAGAAGGCGAGGGGAAGGUUGGGGACAGGGUUGAAAUGCUAUGGAAGCUGCUUGCAAAUUGGAUGGAUCAUGUGAAGAACGCGGAUUUCGUGUUAAUGGCAGCACAUUCACAGGGCGUAGUUGUAGGAGUCCAGUUGUUAGCAAGGCUCAUAGAGGGAGGUUGUGUGGACAAGGCAAGAGUAGGAUUUACAGCAAUGGCGGGCAUCAAUCUGGGACCAUUUUACCAUCUCCCGACAACUAUCUUGACGGGGUCCGCAAAGGAACUCUUCGAGUUUCAGAGGAUGGAGAGCAUUCCAUCGAAGAAGUACAUACAGGCACUAAGGACCUGUCUCGCGCGGAAUGUCCGGAUCCUCUACGUUGGUAGCAUAGACGACCAGCUAGUCCCUCUCGAAUCAUCAACGUUCUCAAACAUUAGCCACCCAUAUAUUUUCCGGGCGGUUUUCGUGGACGGCAGAGUUCAUGCACCGGAUUUCCUGAGCCACCUCGUAGGGUUCGCAAUGAAGUUGAGGAACCUUGGUAUCUCGGAUCACGGCUUGGUCAGAGAACUAAGUUCCCCCCUGGCCGGAAGCUUGUAUGGAGGUGAAGGGCAUUCCCGGAUCUACGACGAUAACGCCGUCUACGAGUAAGGUAUCCCUACCCCCCAGCAAAAUGAUCCCCUACUAACUUUGGCUCGCAGCCUCGGUGUCCGCCACGCGCUGGAAACAACCGACUGCCCAGACGUGCCUCUAGCGUUUGAUAUGUUCGAGCUACCAACAAACAACAGCAACCCCUUCCUCCUCCCCUGGAGUAUGAGGGGCAUGCUGGAGGAACCGCACGUGAGGAGUAAACUAGAAGGCGAGUGCGCUGAGCUGCUCGAGCAGUUCCAAAAGUGGAAGCCCACCUCCAAGGUUCUCAAGGACGUCAAGUUUAGAUUAGAAGGUAUCAGGAGUAAACUUUGA